CCGAAGUCACCACCUUCCUCAUUGGAGUCGGUCUAUAUAAAGCGAGUCGAACUCGCUCCGCCAGGAAUUGUCCAUGCUCGCUCUCUCUCCUCCUCGGCUCGCUCAGUGACUGGCUGGCGGCCGCGACUUCGGCAACCUCCUGUUCCGGCUGCUUGGAAUCGGCGCAUUGGGUCGCUUUGCGAUCGUUGUGGAGUCAGGAUAAUUGCAAAAUGGCUCAAGAUGGUUCCAGUGUUGAAUCACACCAACGAAAGCAAGGACUAUUGAAAGAUCAGGUCAGAUUAGUUAAGAGGAAGGACUGUAAUCGCCACGAGAUAGUUCCCAUCCAAGAUCCUUUGUCAUCUGAGAAGGGGUUCUUCAUAGUCAUUCGUGCAUGCCAAUUACUAGCUCAGAAGAAUGAAGGAAUUAUAUUAGUGGGCUUGGCUGGUCCCUCUGGUGCUGGAAAGACUGUAUUUACAGAGAAGAUUCUGAACUUUAUGCCUAGCAUAUCUGUUAUAUCAAUGGACAACUACAAUGACUCUAGUCGAAUUGUUGAUGGCAACUUUGAUGAUCCACGCAUAACAGACUAUGAGACUCUGCUCAGGGAUGUCGAGGAGUUAAAAGCAGGGAAGCCAAUCCAAGUACCUAUUUAUGACUUCAAGACUAGCUCUCGCACGGGAUACAGGACUCUUGAAGUACCAAGUUCCAGAAUUGCUAUUAUUGAGGGAAUCUAUGCACUGAAUGAAAAAUUGAGACCUUUUCUGGAUCUUCGUAUAUCUGUCACUGGUGGAGUUCAUUUUGACCUAGUCAAGCGGGUUUUGAGGGAUAUACAGCGGGCUGGUCAAGAACCAGAGGAGAUAAUCCACCAAAUAUCUGAAACGGUAUAUCCAAUGUACAAAGCCUUUAUUGAGCCUGACCUUCAAACAGCACACAUUAAGAUAAUCAACAAGUUCAACCCAUUCACGGGAUUCCAGAAUCCCACUUACAUAUUGAAGUCAUCAAGGAAUGUAGCGGUGGAUCAAAUCAAGGCUGUGAUUUCUGAAGAACAUGCUGAAACUUCUGAGCAGACAUAUGAUAUCUAUCUUCUACCCCCAGGUGAAGAUCCAGAAUCUUGCCAAUCGUAUUUGAGGAUGCGGAAUAAAGAUGGAAAGUACAGUCUCAUGUUUGAGGAAUGGGUGACUGACAACCCUUUUGUGAUAUCACCUAGAAUAACUUUUGAAGUGAGUGUCCGCCUCCUAGGUGGGUUGAUGGCCUUGGGAUACACAAUAGCAACUAUUCUCAAGAGAAGCAGCCAUGUGUUCUCCGACGAUAGGGUGACUGUGAAGAUUGAUUGGCUAGAACAAUUGAACCGUCAGUAUGUACAGGUGCAAGGAAAAGAACGCCAUGUCAUUCGAAGUGUUGCCGAGCAGCUUGGGUUGGAAGGCUCAUAUAUUGCCCGCACGUAUAUAGAACAAAUACAACUGGAAAAGCUUGUUAAAGAGGUCAUGGCACUGCCAGAAGACUUGAAGACGAAACUUAGCCUAGAUGAGGAUCUUGUUGCAAGUCCAAAAGAAGCCCUUUCUCGAGCAUCUGCUGAUAGGGUAGCUAUGAGAAGUAAGCAUCUGAAGAGUGGUAUGUCACACUCAUAUUCAACCCAAAGGGACAAGAAUUUGUCGAAGCUUGCUGGCUUUGCUAUCAGCAAUCCAAGAUUUGAUGACAGAAUCUCGAGUGCAUCAACAAUACUUCCUAACCAGGGUAUCAUUACUCAGCUUUCAGAUCAAAUUUCCUCCCUGAAUGAAAGAAUGGAUGAUUUUACCACCCGUAUUGAAGAAUUGAAUUCCAAGUUAACAAUAAAGAAAAAUUCCUUGAGCCAACAAAAUAUGGCCCUUAAUCCUGAGGCUUGCAAUGGAUCAGCUCCAACUUCUUAUUUUAUUUCUGGUUUGGGAAAUGGUUCUUUGACCGGAUCCAUAAUGCCCAAUUCCUCAUCAUCCUCCCAACUUGCUAAGGAGUCUCCUUUGAUGGAAGAGAUAUCAACUGUCGCACUUGGGCAGAGACAAAUCAUGCAUCAGCUUGACAACCUCAGUAAUCUUCUCCGGGAGACCUUAGGGGAGAGAUCCCACCAUCUAACCACAAGCAGGAAAAGUGUGCUUGACACAGACCGCGUGAAAAUUCCUCUUAUUUGCACCCUGGCUUUCGGCGGUCUAGGAAUUCUCGUGUUCAGGGGUCUUUCAAACAGAAAUUGAUCUUUCUUUUCGCUUCUCUAAUUGAUUCUUUCAGAUAGUAAAUUUCAAAGUCCUGUUCUGACGUAGAGUUCAAGUGCCAUGCAGUCCAUCAUUCUGUUCUAUCCU